AUGUUCCUGCUGGCACGAAGCACUACAGGUGCUCGUAUGUUUAGCGACAGAGUGGCACAUGUUGGGAAUGUGACAUCCCACAGUGCUAUUCUCGAAAUGAACUCCACCGAACCGGACCGUAACGAAUGUCUGUUCCGCCACGUGCAGAUGUUGUUAUCAAAUCGCUGUCGUGGUAAGCAAGUCGCGUUACGAAGACGUUGA